AUCACCCGGCGCCGGGCCCUCCCUCCCUCCUCCCCCCUUUUCUCCUCCUUCCUUCCUUUCCUCCCUUCCUCCCUCCCUCCCUCCCAGCUCCUGCACCAGGAAACGGCCCGGAUCCCCGGCAGAGGCCUGACCCGGCUCCAAGCUGGCCAGGAGGAUGAAAGGCCCCAGCUGGGGGCUUCUUGCCACCAGUGCUGGGUCCUAAGAGCUGCCAUCCAGGCUGGCCGCCCGCAUGGCGACCCCAGCCUCAGCCCCAGACACACGGGCUCUGGUGGCAGACUUUGUAGGCUACAAGCUGAGGCAGAAAGGUUAUGUUUGUGGAGCUGGCCCUGGGGAGGGCCCAGCAGCUGACCCGCUGCACCAAGCUAUGCGGGCAGCUGGAGAUGAGUUCGAGACCCGCUUCCGGCGCACCUUUUCUGAUCUGGCAGCCCAGUUGCAUGUAACCCCUGGCUCAGCCCAGCAACGCUUCACCCAGGUUUCUGAUGAACUUUUCCAAGGGGGCCCCAAUUGGGGCCGCCUUGUGGCCUUCUUUGUCUUUGGGGCUGCCUUGUGUGCUGAGAGUGUCAACAAGGAGAUGGAGCCACUGGUGGGACAAGUGCAGGAGUGGAUGGUAGUCUACCUGGAGACUCGGCUGGCUGACUGGAUCCACAGCAGUGGGGGCUGGGCGGAGUUCACAGCUCUAUACGGGGACGGGGCCCUGGAGGAGGCGCGGCGUCUGCGGGAGGGGAACUGGGCAUCAGUGAGGACAGUGCUGACAGGGGCCGUGGCACUGGGGGCCCUGGUAACUGUAGGGGCCUUUUUUGCUAGCAAGUGAGAAAGUGAAGGGCCAGGUGGGACUAGGUAUUGCUGGGAGACCGGAGAGCAGGAACAAACCAGAGAAAUGCCCUUGGAAGAAGUGGGGUCAACAGAUGGGCAAGCAGUGGGGCAGGCAGGGAAAGAGUAGGGUGUGAGGGAGCUGAGUGUGUCAGGCAGGUGGAUGGAAGGGUGAGCUGGAAAUGUUGGGGAAUGUAUUGGGAAGAUCAGGAGCCCAGGAGGUGGAGUCAUUCCAGGGAUGGGGGGUGGUGGGAGGGAUGAUGACGAUAGGUGACAGGCACACAACAGUAUACCUGGAGCUUGGUUUGCAGCCCUGAGGAAGGGGAGCUUGCAUAAGGGGUUGGAUCUGCAUUGGAUGAGUGGGAUUUGGGGAGAACACACAAGGCACAUCCUUUCAGAUGGAAGCUUGGAGUUCUCAGGUGAUAGAAGUGGCUGUGACAGCGGGCUGCUUGGACAUGCGUGUGCAUGUGCACGCGUGCUCUUGUGCAUGCUGGGCUGCUUGUCUAACCUGGUGGUGGUGGGAUUCUUCACGGAGAAAACAUUCCUUCUUGCAGUGGCAAGAACAAAGGGCAAUUCUCUGCAGCUCCUCCAGCCCCCUCCUUCCUCUCUGUGUGUCCUGAUGCCUCAAGGCUGAGGGAGAAACACUGUAUCCAGACAGAGGCCUUUGGGCACUUCUCUGCAAAAAGUAGUUAGCAGGACUUUGGAGAAAAGAGCAGUUCUGCAGCUGGCCUUGUUCCUUCCUCACCUCCUUCCUGUGUAUCAAGCACUUGCUGCUGCCUCCUAGGCUCUGACAGAAAAGUCAGGGCUACGGAGCUUAGGUGGGUGGAGGCCUCAGGAGCUAGACCUGCCUGCUGCCCUCCUCUCCUACUGAGGCACAAUGGUGCCUAGAAGUGUUCCCUAUCUCUGGGACCUCUGUACCCAAACUAAAACUAAAUUGGAGCUCUAACUAAUUUUCCUUGACUAUGUGGACAUAAAUGCUGAUCUAGAAUACAGUCUAGGUCCUGCACUGUGUCUCAGUGAGACUGAGAGUUGAUGCCUUGAGGGGAACAUUUCCAGCUCUGAACCCCACAGGUGUGAGGGUAAUGUGUACUCUGUGACUGGCCGAUUCUGUGUCGUGGGCUUUGGUGCUGCUUUAUUAGGGGCCAGGUAUAUGGGUUCUAGAGUACCUAACAUGACCUAGAAGCAUUUACAUUUUCUCUGAAGCCACGCUGUUUGCAUGAGUGUUACUUGUCUGUACCUCACAGUCUAGGGAUGUUAACUUUAGAGCUCACAGUCAUCUAGAACAGAUUCAGAUUAUAGCUUUUUCUUUUAAAGAAGAAAUUAUUCACUCCAGAUGCAUGCCCUGAGCCAGACCUCACUGCUGCACUUUCCAAGGUGCUAAAAUUGCUGCUCUCCAAUGCUGACUUCAGAUGCACAGUGCUCUAGAACCCUGCCCUUGGUCUUGAGCACUGAUCAGCUUAACUAGAACAUGGUUGGCUCUUCUUGGAGGAGAUUUUCACUUGGUCCCAGAAUGUGGCAACAUAGUUAUGCUCGCUAGACUGUAGGACCAAAAUUGGCCUCAGGUGUUUAGUCCAGACUUUUGCUUUUGAGAGAGGGCUGCACUUUCUAAUGGUAUUUAUAGGGGAGGUGGUAGACUGCAUGCGCCACUUGGUCUGUCGUGAGUAUGCUGAUACCAGAAACUCAGAGCUGGUCUGUGGCAGGCAGUUGGGGUGGGGGGGGUCUCUGACUUGCUCAGGACAAACUAGGCCAGUGGUUCUCCAACUGCUUGGCAGGGCCCCAAAAUUUCCUAGGGAUUACCUCAGGAGUCCUUGGGGAGAUAGGGUGGGGGCUGAGCAGGCUGGGCUACCUUGCCCUCAAACAGAACAGCUCCCCUUAUAGUUGUCUUACAUAUCGGGGUUCAGGGUAAGAUUUUAUUUGAAUUAAGGGUUUUGCUGCUGAAAAAAAGUUGGAAAACCACUGACUAGACCAUCAGCUUCAAAUUGGAGCCUCUGCUCCCUCAGGUUUGGGGCAGACUCUUCACCCUACCCUCUACCACAGGAUGCCUAUCCCUGUUAGCUCUCCUGUGGGCCUUUGGCAACAGGGGCAGCAGGGACCAUGGUCAAGUUACCAAAAUGUUCUGCUCUGGGCCUUCACACCUGGGUGGACGGAGAGGCUGUUUUCUGAAAAGGGUAAAGGGCUUGAUCUGGAUUCCUAGAAACAUAGCUUGGAUGGGACCACAGUGGGCAGUUUUGGCCUGUCCUGCCCUUCUUAACUUGAAGGGCAAUGGAAACCCCAGAGACUCUUCUGUCAGGGAAAACUAGGGACUCUUCUAGAGCCAUAUAGUUCCUUGGGAUUAGCUCUUGGCCAAGAAGGCUGAGUAUGGCUCCCAAUUUUUAAAUCCAUUUCAUUUUUUAAAAAAUAAAGGAAAUAAUGUAAUUGCCAUUUUUCAAAGAUUAAAUAGGUGGAGAGGGUGUUUCUUGCUCUCCAGAACCCAAAGGGACAAAUAGGGACUUUGCUUUGGCCAAGGAAGGAGCAGAAGUAGGGCAAAUAGGUCCUGCGGUUAUUAAUCCCACUCCCCACUUUAUUUUAGGGCAUAUGCUAUUUACUUUUUUAAAUCAUAAAAUGGCAGGAGAACAGAUUUGGUUAGUUUAGAAGAGAAGUAAAAAGCUCUAUAAAUAUAAAUAUAUAUUCCUGUAUUUUUAUUUAAUAAUUUAUAAAUACUAAGUUCAUUUGACUUUUAUUUUUGUGUAAUAUGUAAUGGUCGUAUUAAAAAAAAUAAAUAAAGCCCAGAAGUUUAAUGAGAAGGACUGA